UGUCACUAAGUAACUUACACACGAGAUGAAAGGAGCGGCGCGCGGAGCGGGAGCAAAGCUAGGCGUAGAGUAGAGAAACUUCACCUAAAGUAUCGAUCCGAUACCAAUACUAGCGUUGAUUACGAGUGAUCCUCCCACACCUGUCGUGAAGCUUUCGGGAGUAAGCUGCUGGAUUCACUCUUAUGAAUGAUCAGAUGGUGAGAGUAUUUAACACCGGCCUGUCAGCAAUGACCUGAACCCGGACUCCAGCAUUUCUCAUGACACGAUCCUCUGAGAGAUCUGCCUUUACAUGCUGAGAUCCGAUGGAUCCAUGUCAAGAUCCCGAGGGUCCUGUGUUUCAGGGAUGGGAUGGGCCUGCCUUCUCAGAGCAGGACUAUCUGGAUUUAUACACAGCCCUUUCUGACUCCGCAGCCGAUCAGAGGAAUCAGGAGCGGGUGAAGAAUGAGGAAAGCGCUGCAGGAUCAGAGCUGAAGCAGCCUGUUACACACCGUGACGGCGUGAGCAUGGACGCUUGGAGCAUCACUUUAAUUGAUUCCGCACAAGGCAGUAACAGCAGAACUGCAUCGCUCUGCAUGUCAACAUCGCAACUGCUCUCAGAAUACAGGCUCAAUCGUGACAAGGUUGACUCGAGCGUGGUGUGGGCCCGCGUGGCUCCUGUGCACGUGUCUCUCCUGGAGUCUGCUGAACUUCUCUUCAAUGUGUCUGUUCCCUGGCUGCCCGUGGAACUGCCGUACAGAAGCAGAUUGAACAGCACAGCCCAGGAGCUGAUGGAGGCGGUUCUGGUGACUCUAGAUCAUUCUGCCUCUGUCAGUGGACAGUACCUGAUGAAACUCUGCGACUCAGAGGAGUAUCUCAGAAGCGAUGAAAUCCUGGGAUUAUAUGAACGCAUCCAGGUGUAUCAGAAGUUUGCUUUGGAUGUUCCAGUGAGGAUGGUGCUCAAGGACUCCGCUGACAAAACACUGACACGAGAUGAGGAAGACGACCACCAGAUGUUUCAUUUUAAUCAAGUCCUCGCUUCUGCUUGUGCAUUCAGCACUUUAAGGUCGGGUCUGCAGGAGAAACUGUGCAUCUACAGCCAGGCAGUAAACAAGCUCUUGAGAAGCUGGUGUGAUGUCGGUGUGAGGGAGGUUGUGGAGAGCGUUCAUGCCGUGUGUGAACAGCUGUGUGGCGUCACUACAGCAGAUCUGGAGGAUGCCGUCGGGCGGAUCCAGUGCUACGCUCCAGUCACACUGACUCCAGUCGAAAUGUGUGACUCUGAAACUGCUGUAGUCAUGCUCCAUCACGCUCUGCUGAAGCUGCUCCACAUUUUCUUCACAAACUUUGAUCUGGACUUCAGAGGACAGGAGGACCAUCUGAAUCCACCAGCAGCAGACGUCAAGCACAGCAGCUGCAUGCUGCAAGUUAACCUGACGUGCCUCUACAGACUGCUGCCGGGCUGGAUAAACAGUUACGAUCACUUGAGCGUGAGCUGCUCGCUCACAUACUGCGGCAGGAAUCUGACUGAACCUGUGCUGUCUGAGAACAUCAGCACGUCCCUGCAACUCAGCUGCAAGAUCCAGUGCAACCGUCUAUUGGUGUUUCCCGUUCCAGUACAGGAGCUUCCAUAUGAAUCAAUGUUGUCUUUUCAUCUACUGGGCUCAAAACAGGCCAAACACCCCGAGCUCCUGUGCUGGGCGGUCCUUCCUCUUUUUAACAACAGGACUGCGGUUCAUGGCACGGUUCUGCUCAGUAUGUCCACACAGGUGCCUCCCGUCUGUCCUCCGUCACCGGCGCUGAGCGACGGCCAUCGACAGCCCACUGGAGUCAUUCUACAGAUGGAUUUCCCGGAGUCUGAGCAGUGGAGAUAUGAGCGAGCGGCGGCUCGGCCCGAAGCAGUCCUGGAGUCUGUGCUGUGUGAAGAGCUGCAGAAGAGAGUGACAGAAGUGUGUCAGAAACACAGCCUGUCGCUCAUGACUGACAACGAGAAGGCCUUCCUGUGGAGCAAGCGGCACAUCUGCAGCCAGAGGAACUCACGCCUGCACUUGGUUUUGGGCAGCGCGCCGCAGUGGAGACCGCAGAACCUGCCGGAAAUAUACUCUGUCCUGGAGCGCUGGAGCCCCGUGAGCGCUGCGGAGGCCCUGUUCCUCCUGAGUGAUGAGUUUCAUGACCAGCGCGUGCGUUCAGUGGCGGUGCAGUGUUUCCAGCAGAUGUGUGACAGUGAGCUGGAGGAGUUUCUGCCGCAGCUGGUGCAGGCUCUGAAGAUGGAGUGGGAAAUUGACGGGCCGUUGAUGAAGCUUCUGCUCUCCAGAUCUUUGCACUGCAUCCGUAUCGCUCAGCAGCUGUACUGGUGAGGGAACAUGUGCAUUACAUUUUAAUUAUAUUGAAGUGUGUUGAAUAAGGUUCUGUCGGCGCUGAAGAACUGCUGCGGUCGCGCUCUGAGACACGAGCUUCAGCGCCAGAGCAGACUGGUGGAUCUUCUCACUCAAGUGGCAGAGAAAAUCCGCUCAGCUGACAAAAACAAGAGAAAGGAUGUGUUUCGCCGAGAGAGAUGGAAGAUUGUGAGCUUUUUUGCUGAUGGACAGUCCUGCAGGCUUCCAUUAGAUCCAGCGGUCGUGGUCAAAGCUGUGAAUAUUGAGUCUUUUAAGGUUUUUAAUUCAAACGCAGCGCCCAUGGAAGUGUCCUUCAUCACGGCCGACCCGCUGGGCCAGAACUACAGCCUCAUCUGCAAAACUGGAGAUAACCUGCGGCAGGACAUGCUGGUGCUGCAGAUCGUGCAUCUUCUGGACCGCAUGUGGAGACAGGAGGGACUGGACAUGAGGAUGGUCACGUACAGAUGCAUUUCUACUGGACGAGAUCAAGGUUUAGUGGAAGUGGUGCCUGACGCCGUGACGCUGGCGAAGAUUCAUCAGGAGUGGGGUCUGUCUGGAGCGCUGAGGGAAGACACCUUAGAGAAAUGGUUCCAUGUGAGGAACAAGACCAAAGAGGACUACGAGAAGGCUGUAAUGAACUUCCUUCACUCCUGCGCCGGCUGGUGUGUCGCCACAUUCGUUCUGGGCAUCUGCGACCGUCACAACGACAACAUCAUGAUCAAACACAGCGGCCACAUGUUCCACAUCGAUUUCGGGAAGAUCAUGGGCAAUGCGCAGAAGUUCGGUAGCAUCAAGAGAGACCGGACGCCCUUCAUCUUCACGCCGGAGAUGCAGCGCUUCAUCACGGGCGGCGGCGAGAAUCCACAGCGCUUCCACCGCUUCGUUGAGCUGAGCUGUGACGCGUACAACAGAAUAAAUAAAACAUGGCUUCUCAUAUUUGAUGAGUGUUUACAGAGGUUCUACUCGUGUGUUUCCUGUUUCAGAAAAAUUAAAGAGAGCAUGGAGAGCUUCCCAGUCAAAUUAAACUUCCUCAUCCACAAUAUGGUGCAGUUUUCCUCUGUCAAACGUUCAGAAGCGCCGGCUAAGAGCCAGAUCUCCUCCAACACCAACAUUCAGGAGGCCGUGAUCCAGAAAUAUACAGUGAACGGCAAAGAUGUGACGUACGAGCUGAAGGUGACCAUUGAGGACGGAUUCCUCGUCGUUCAGAAGAGCUUUGCUCAGUUUGAGAUGCUCCACAAGCUCCUGCAGAAGCACUUCAUCGAGUCCACGCUGCCAAAGUUCCCGAGAUGGUUUAACAUGUCCUUUACACCGGGCCGGAAGAUGUCUCUGCUGAACAAGUAUCUGAAGGAGCUGUUUGAAGGACCCUGCAAAGGGAACGAAUACGUCUGCAGCCUGUUUCUGGACGGACCAAACGCUGCGGUCAAGUCAGAAACAGACGCUCAUGUCCGACCGCAGAUUCAGCUCUACCUGUCUUAUAAAGACUAUAAGUUAUCUGUGAUGAUAAAGCAUUUGAAAAAUAUCAGGUUGUCUAACGGCUCGUGUCCGGAUGCAUAUGUGGUCACGCGACUAAGACCUGACCCGCAGGACAAGACCAAGAGGAAGACCAAAGUGGUCCGCAGCAAUGACAAUCCCACGUUCAAUGAACUGAUCGAGUACAGGAACGUGCACAACCUCCACGGACACGUGCUGGAGGUGACGGUGAAGAGCAGGAAGACUUUUGUAGCGGCUACAAACGUGGUUCUGGAAGAGAGAGUUCUGGACCAGGAGAAGUGGUUUCCUCUGGGCUUCUCGGCCGUUUAAAGCAUUACUGAAGCACUCGAGUGAACAUGAAGGCUGUUUCACAGAACCAUCAGCGAUGCGCUUCUGAUGGAGAUCACGGAGUAUGGAGGACAAAUGUUGAUCAGUAUUAAUGGAGCUCAUUAGUGAAGAACGGUUUAGAUGCCAGGCUUGGUUUCUACUCCACUGUCACCUGACGGAGUUUGGGUUUCUCGUCUCGCUCAUCAGAGGCAUAAAGACUGUCACGGUCCUAUUCUCUGUAGAGCUGUACUUGAAGUUAUAUUUGAAACGACAGAUGUCUAAAACUGAACUUGGUGACACUUACACUGGUUUUACUGUGAAGCAAUUUUAUUGUAUUAAGUGCUAUAUUAAUGAAACCUGAAAAAUAGAAAUGGGGUUUAAGAUCUUUUUAGUUUUAAAAUUCCAUUGAGCAGUUUCUGAAAUAUGUAAGCAUCAGCGUGAAGGUUUUUGGGACAUGGUCUUUGACCUACAGAUGAAGAGGAGUUAAUGAUAUUGAGAAGACAUUGUAUCAUGUUUCAUGUAAAAAAAAAUAAAAUAAAUAAAAAGCAGUUGAAGUUGAUGUCUGAGCAUCAAGCAUCAGUCAGUCAUUCCCUCGCCAUUGUUUUGUGCAUAAUAUGGAUAAACAUUCACUAAAAUGAGUGUCUAUUUUUGAACCAUUAAACCAAUAACAAUAAAUUUUCCUUCAGAUUGUAUCAUCUCACUUGUAACUCUUCAUGUGCAGGACUCACAUGCUCAAUAAUGCAACAGCUGUCACUUCAGGAGACACAAAUGUGAUUUCCAGCACCUUCACUCUCACUGUUCUUCUGUUGAAAUCGGCUGCAAACCUCCACCAAUCUGCUGAGACCCUCACGACUGUCCAGAAGCUGAAGACUCACCUCUCACAUGAAGUUAACCAAUCCACAAACCUAAACCACGACACACGGCACCGCCGUUAUAACACUGAAACUGUCCUACAUUACAAAAACAUCACAAGAGCUCUUCUAUAGUCUGGUGCUGCUCUGAAUGUAAAACAAUGUGAUUUGUUGAUGUUCUGAUCGGCUGGAGCAAAAUCCACGAAUGUGUCAUGUGAUGCAGAAGUGUACAGGAAGAGAUUCACAAAUUAACCUGUGUGACUCCACUUUUGUGUUUAUGUGUGAACGCAUGUCAUCAUCAUCAUCAAUGAUAUUCUGCUGCUUUCAGACAGUUUUCAAACUUGAGAACACAAAGUCACAGAAGAGGAUUUUCUUCAAAAAUAGACACGUCUGUUUUGCAGCAGUACAGAAAUCGUUUUAUUUUUUCUUUAUAUAUCCAUGGCGUUUAAAAGUUUUAAACAGAAAUAUUUACAGGAGAUUAAGGGGGAAAUAAAUUCCUUCUGUGUAUGAUGUGGGUUGUGUUUCUCUUGUUUUCUGGCUGUUGGGGCACUUCUGAAGAACUUGGCACCUCAGUCAAUAAUAAUAAUGCGUAUCUGUGAGAUCAGAUCCGCGUGAGCUGGUGCCACAGACUCGAGGGAAGAAUGCUCUCCACUUUCUCCAUGAUGAAGUUCAGCGGAGCGAACAGAGUGCUCAGGAA